AUGUCCGACGAGUCUGCAGCUCCAGGCGCGACCGCGGAUUCUGGCCCUGGAAAAGAGGAGACAAAGGUCCAAAAGGAGGCAGGCAAAGACCAUGGGCAGCCGAAGCCUACAGCAACUGCAUCCCAGGCACCCUCUGCCAAGAAGAGGGGCUCAGGGCCUGGUGGUGGCGAUGCCAAGCGCCAAAAGGCUUCCAAGGGUGUGGUGAUUGCUGUGGGUGAUCGGGGCGUGUACUUCACCACCAUGAAUUCAGGAAGUGUUGAUAAAGCGAAGCGAGAUCUUCAACAGAUGCUGGAAGCAUACAAGGUCGGAAGUGAAACUGAACUUCACACCGUGCUCCGAGGUGGGACUUGCUGGGACUUGAAGCAGGGGCAAAUCCAACACUUGAGAUUGUCAAAUUCAGAGGCCACCAAGGGCAUGGGCUUCCUGAAGCUGAUGAAUGAGGGCGGCGCAAGCCCUUCAGAGGCACUGAAUUGA